AUGUUUUCCGAGAUCGUCUCACCGUUUUCUCUUCUCUUUCUCGUGGGAGUUGCCCAUGGGUUGAUUGAGACAUGCGAGGACCUCCAGGCCGCCUUCAAUCUGACCCAGACCCAAGACGUCAUCGACGAGAUCCACCCCUUCCAGGAUAUCGAGUGCGAGACGUUCACCAACAUGACCAUGACAUCGAACACCCUCACGCUCAACUCGAGUGAAAACCUGGACAACUUCUUCGGAAGCUCGUCGCUAACAAACGUCAGGCUCGUCGUCACAAACGGAGCGGAGCUGAUUUGGGAGACGCAUGUUAAUUUCAUUGGAGACGAAGAGGUCGAACUUAUGGUGGACGGGGGAGCUGUGUUUGUCGGCGAAGGCUCUACCGUGCAUUUCCUGAACGACCUUGAGAUGGAGGAUAUCCGCAUCAUCAACGAGAGGGAUGAAGAUUCUGACUUCGCCUCGUUCGUACGUAGCGGAGGAUGCGUGUGGACGGCCGGGUCAUUCAUCGUCGACGGAGAGGCGACUUUCACGCGCUGUGACAUCACGGGUGCGGGAGAAAGCCCCCCAGGCCCUGGGGGAGCCAUCUACGUUGGAGCCACGGGAUCCGUCUCAUUCAACCAGGGAGUCGCCAUAAGCGAGACGUUCAUCACCGACGACUUUGGAGGACAAGGGGGCGGGAUAUACAACCUUGGCGAGGUGACCAUUGCGGGUGACUCCCGCUUCGAAGACAUCUCGGCGAGCUCUGGUGUGGCCAUCUAUAACGGCGAGGGAGCAGAGUUCUACUUCACGAACGACGCGAGCGCCUUCUUCAGGGACUUGAACAACCGUGACUCCGUGGGAAGCGGUCUGACCAACCUGGGAUACUUCGAGUUCUCCGGACCGGCCCUCUUUGUAGAGGCCGACGCGCCCGUGAUCGUGGCAACAGAGACCAGCCAGACCAUUCUAUCCGAGAACUCGGCCUUCUGGACGUUCGAUGAAGAGUUUGGUGAAGCUCUUUCUGUAGAUGAAGCCGCGGAUUUCACGAUUCCUGCCUCUGUGGUGUUCGUUGGAUUCGAGUAGGCUACUGUACACUCCUAUUCUUCGAGGUCGUGGCAGGACGAAGGUCGUAGUACGCCAGUCAGGUGGUCGACCAGCGACUGUCGGGUGUUGCAACCGUAUGAUUGUGUAUGUUGUCCCUGGGACAUGCAUUUCCGGACACAAGAGAAAAGCAGGUGACGUAUGUAAAUGUUCGCGCGGUGCAUUUCGAGAGCUUGCGUCGCAGAGAGCAACCGUAUAGGUUUCCACUAGAGCGGGACAUGCCAGGGGAAGACUCGAGCACACACGGAUGGCGGGGGCUCAGCUGGAAUUGCAACACAUGGGUUUUCUUGCUGAACACCGCAAGCAAGUUUUUGGGUGCGCCGGGCCGAUGGAAGCAGUAGCAUCCAUGGCAGCAUCAGCAUUUCCUAAGUAUCACGCGCUGCAGUUACGCGUUUCCACCCGACCAAGCUUUGCCCCAAUGGGAGGGCACGGUCACCUGCGGUAUUGUGUUUGGCGCCAGUAUUCGUAUUGAUUGCUGUGUGGUAAGGCAUGUAGGGAAGGCGUUGCACGUCCAUGUCGUUGGGAUGCCGUGGGCGAGGGUGGGGAGACGCACGAUUUCGGUGUAUAGAGUACUACGUAGAGUUGAGUAUUGCCCUCCGCCCCCCAAUGUGGCGGGCGGCCAUAGCGAGAUGGAUGGUGGUGAUGGUUGGGGAAGAAGUGAAUAUAACAAGAA